UGCAGCACUUUCAGUGUCUCUCCUGGGAAGCUUUCUGUCCACUGAAACUAAACCAGUGUCAGACACCCCUGUUACUGACCCAAUUAAGUUGGGAAAAUGGGAUAGCAAUAAAGGGGAGCAGAGAAACUCAUUUUGGGUAACUGCAAAUUGUAAAUUUAAGUAAGAAGUAAGCACAGUUCAAGCAAUGAAGAACUCAUAUUUAUUGGAAUAUGAAAGAUAUAUAUGGCUAGUAUUUUAUUGGAUAUUUCUUGGACGACGAAUAACAGGCCUAGCUUCCCUCUGGACCCACAGCACAGAUGCCCCUCUAGCUGAAUCCCAGGAGCAAUCCACCACUUCCCUUUCUCCAUGAAGCAGAGAAUCCAUCAACCCUGUCAGGCUGAGGACAAGGACCAAGAGAAGGGAAGAAGGAAGCGCUGACGGUUGAAAGAUGUGAUACAAGUUGGAAAAGCAAAACUGGAAGACAAAGGAAAGAAGGAUCUGAUCUCCUGCUGCAUUGUUUCUUUUCAUAAUGAGCGAGAUGGGGAUUAGAGCUAGGCUAUAUGAGGCCCUAUGUCACUGCACAGUGAUGAGGGGACCCUGAAACUCCUCUCUCUGUUAAAUUUCUUUCACUUUUUUCUCAUUUGCGGAUAUCCUGAACCUGUUCCCUGCUGAACAGUCAGUGUAUUCCUAGUGGGGGAAAGUUUUCAAAAGUUUCUGCUACUGCCCAGCAGCACUGAAAUUCAGAAAGCCUUGAGAAUGGAUAUCAAAGGUAAAAUAGUUAUACUUAUAUUGUGACCCAUCAACCUACCUUUUUUCUGUGUUGCAUGCUUUGAUUCUUUUUCUGCACUGCCUUUCACAGAAGCAAAUUUCCUGUUUCUUCUCACACACCUACUGCUUCCAAUUUACAAUUAAGCUACUUUUUUUUUUUGGUAAAAAAAAAUAUUGGAAAUAUUACCUUGUUGCACAGGUAGAGCCUAUAGUCCUUUCCUGGUUCAGACCUGUGAUCUUUACCUCAGCCACUGGUGCAUGCAACAUACCCUUUAUACACACCCAUUGCGCUACCCUUUAUAUCUUGACUUGGCCAUCUCAGCCCUGAACCUUCAGCGUUACACUUUGUUGCAUGUUUUUUACUUGGAAGUGCUGGUUCCUGUGGACCCUUCUCAACGCGUUUCAUCCUGAGAGAGGCUUAGUUGUGUGGGCCAACAGAAAGGAAGAAAUAAAGUGCGUUCUCUUUGAAGACUUCUAAAGUCAACCACAUUGGGAACCAAUGAGGAUUCAUCUCUGCUCACCCAGCAGCCCUUGAGCCAAAGCACACCCUUGUUUGACUGUUGAUUUGACCUGCUGGAGAGGUCAUCUGCAGGUUUUCCAGCCUUUUGUUAACCUUAUCCAUUCUAAGCUCAACCAGUUCUGCUGAACUGAAUUGUUCCCUUGUAUCAAGGAAUGUACUGAUCGUAAUUAGUUGUUCUCUAUGCAGGUGUUGAUCAGUGAAAAAGACAGCACCUUUGAAAAGCACUUUCUCCUGGGAAACUGGCAAACCCCAGAAAAUGCUAUUCCUUCACUCAUAGCUGUGACCUGAAUCUCUCUUUUGUGCUCUCUCUCUCUCUCUCUUUUUCUCUGCCUCUAUUUCUCUUCAAUUUUUCACUUAAGCUUACACAAUAACCAACAAAAACUAUUGACCUACAGUUAGGAGAGAGUUGGAGGUACCACCGACCAGCAGAUUCAACGUUUGGGAUUAGUAAGCUAGCAUGUCACGCGGAGAACUGGACAGACCCUCAACAAUGGAAGAAGAAGAAACCUGAGAGAAGGACCCUGGAACUGUGAAAAGCCUGACUGAAGGUCCAGACAAUGGAAAGAAAACAAGGAGUUAAGAGAGGGUGAAAUACGAAUCAAAUUCUGGUGCCUAUCAAACGUUUUUUUCUCCAAAAUGCUGAUACCUGCACUUAUGAACUACGCAAUUGGCUGUAACUAAAAGACUCUGAUGCAAUUUUGUCAGGUGAAUGUAGAGAGCUAAGGAGGACACUUUUGGAAUACUUCACAGGUUUGACUGUAAACAAAUUGCUGAGAAAUGCUUUUGUUAUUUUUUUGACUGAUUGCCCUCAUCUGGCGUUGUGUCUGCUGUUGGUUGUUCAGGGUCAACUUGUACUAACUCCUACGGUACAUUUUCCAUUACAAAACAAAGGCCUGCGAAGAAGUUGGACAACUGUGGAGGAUGAAAGAUGAGUAUUUGAGUCUGUGUAUUUUCUGUGUAGAAAGCAUGCUGACCUCUCCUUUUUUGCUGCAUGGGAAUAUACUGUCGAUUCAUGUGUCUCCUGAAGAAAACCCUUUCCUGGAUUUGGUCAUUUACUGAUCACUGAAUCUCUCCCAGUGCCUGUCUGAGGAGAGUUAUUUUCACAGAAUUCCUUUACUGUAUCUCCUGUGUUCAGCUCCUCUGACCAAACCCAAUUUCUGGAAGCUUCCCUUUGCUAACCCCUGUCCCGACACCACAACCAACCGUAGCACAUGCCAACCUCAAACCCCUGAAAGCUUCCAGCCCGGCAUGUAUUCUCGAUUUACCUCUGAAACCCGCUCCCUCUCAUGAGUCUUGCCAAGACUGAAGUCCUCUUUCAACAACGGCACAACAGUGCUCCCCUGGCCCUGGUGAAUUACGUACCAGACUGGGACGCCCUGCUGACAGGACACUGUCCAUCGGCAGGCCGACAGUGUGGAGUCAGGUGGGGAAACCCUUACUUGAUGUUUUCUCAACCAAAUACGGCUUUUUGACAAUCUUGGGGAUUUUUUUUAAAAAAAGCUCCUCAAUAAGGCUGUUGCCACACGAACUGGAACUUGGAGACUUCCAGUGAAGUAUUACCUUUCAGUAUAGCUUUGGAAAACAGUGCUGGGGGUCUCUUAAGUACAAGAACCUUCAAGUAUAAGAUCUUCUUUAACUUCUACAGACUGAGGAGUUUUUAAGUUGUUUAUCACACAAAUGAACUGUAGGAUGAAGUUUUCUGCCAUUUGGCAGAGGAAAUUAUUUGUUGUGUAGAACUGGAAUUCUGAAUCACAUAUUUUGAUAUUAACAUGGUAUAUUAGUAAGACAUAGACAUAUAGUACAAAGUAAGUUAAACAUAUUCAAAUGCACAGUGCUUUGCACAUCACAUUGAGUGUGAAGGAGUGUGAAAGAGGAAGUUGACUUCAUUAUGUCAAUACUAUGCUGGCAGACUGCAAGGAUAUACUAUUUUUCUAUCUGUUUUUUUUUUGUAGGUCUCUGUGCACAUAAAGGCUUUCUGACCUACAGAUGUAUUUGUCGGAUUAAAAAUUUUUGCACAUUUCUUUUUUUAAACAAUUUGGACUUAUGUAUGACUCAUUCUUCAUCCAGGUGGAUACAAGUUGCACUUUCAAAGAGCGUGGCUGGGAUAGAGCUGCAACCUGCUUCUUUCCAACUGAAGCGACUCGAUCAAUAAUCUGCAAAAUCUUUGCUGACCGGAUACUGAUUGUCUUUAUGGAUUUUCUGCUGUCUUGAAAUGAAGGAUUGAACUUUACACUGACAUGGCAGCACGUAGAAAAUCGAUAUCAGAAUUAUUUUAACUCAGAAACCCUUAUUUAUAGAUCCCAUAUUACUAACAUCCUUUUAGUUAGAUAUAUGGGACUGGCUUCAAGUUGAAAUAUAGGAUAGACCCUUCACGAGCACGAAUAUAGGAAGCACAGAAUAUAUUGUUACCAGUGUAACGCACUGCGCACAGUUUCUUUGGCGCUCAGUACCACACGGACUGGCUCUCUCGUCAUGGGAGCGGCGCGCGUGAAGAGACGCUUCAGCGCAGUGGUCGACGGGCCUGUGGAGGAAGAGGAAGUCAUGAAGCUGGCCCAAAGCGCGGCCGAAACCGCCGGGGCGGGGGGCGGGCCCGGCAGUCCGGCGACGCCCGACAGCCCGCUCCCGAUGCCGAACGGCAAAGCGCUCGCCGUGCGGGGGAACGGCAGUGGGGACGGUGAAGGGGGACCGGGAGCGUCAGGAGCUGGAGGGGAAGGGGGCAGAGGAGGACGCCCGGGGCUAAGGGGACUGGGGGGAACGAGGGGCAGCCGCUCCUCCCCUGACGCGGACGCGGACUCCGCCCCCGCUUCCCCCUCCCCCUCCAGCCGCCGCCGGCGCCGGCCCCGCAGCCGCUUUGUGGGCAAGGACGGACGCUGCAACGUCGCCUUCGUCAACAUGAGCGAGAGGAGCCAGCGCUACCUCACAGACCUCUUCACCACCUGCGUGGACAUCCGCUGGCGCUGGAUGUUUGUGGUCUUCUCCCUCUCCUUCCUCCUCUCCUGGCUGCUCUUCGGCUUCACCUUCUGGCUCAUUGCCUCCGCCCACGGGGACUUCUCCGCCUCCUCGGGCUCCGCCCCCCCCGCGGUAGGGGCCGGGGCGGAGCCAGGGGGGCAGCGGGCGGAGGAGCCCUGCUUCCUGCAGGUGAACAGCUUCAUGGCGGCCUUCCUGCUCUCCCUGGAGACGCAGACCUCCAUCGGCUACGGCUUCCGCAGCGUGACCGAGGCGUGCCCCCUGGCGGUGCUGGCGGUCGUGCUGCAGUGCAUUGUGGGCUGCAUCAUUGACGCCUUCAUCAUCGGGGCGGUCAUGGCCAAGAUCGCCAAGCCCAAGAAGCGCAACGAGACGCUGGUGUUCUCGAACGCGGCGGUGGUGGCCCUGCGCGACGGCAAGCUCUGCAUGAUGUGGCGGGUGGGCAACCUGCGGAGGAGCCACCUGGUGGAGGCUCACGUGCGCGCCCAGCUGCUCAAGCCCAGGGUGACCCCGGAGGGUGAGUACCUGCCCCUGGACAACGUGGACAUCAACGUGGGCUUCGACACGGGCACGGACCGCAUCUUCCUGGUGUCGCCCGUCACCAUCGUGCACGAGAUCGACGAGGAGAGCCCGUUCUUCGAGAUGGACCGGCGCGCGCUGGAGGGCGACUCGGAGCUGGAGGUGGUGGUCAUCCUGGAGGGGAUGGUGGAGGCCACUGCCAUGACCACGCAGUGCCGCAGCUCCUACCUGGCCUCGGAGAUCCUGUGGGGCCACCGCUUUGAGCCGGUCCUCUUCGAGAAGAAGAACUGCUACCAGGUGGACUACUCCUUCUUCCAUCGCACGUACGAGAUUCCCAGCACCCCCUCCUGCAGCGCCAAGGAGCUGGCGGAGCGCAAGUACAUCCUGGGGUCGCGCUCCUCCUUCUGCUACGAGAACGAAGUCGCGCUGCAGCUCGCCUCCCCCGGCGACCAGUCCGUCGCCCCGUCCCCCCGCAGCGACCCCCACGCCGAGCUCGCUCACCCCCACGCGCAGUGAGGGAGCGGGGGCUCCGGGGGGAGAGGGCAGGCGAGAGAGGGAGGGAAGGAGAGGGGAAGGCAGGGAGAUGUAGGUCAGAGAGCGGUGAGUGAAGAGCAAGAGCAGUGAUUGAGGAAGGGAGAAACGGGGACAUGAGACGAGGGAGUUAGAGGAAAGCGAGGAGGAGGAGGAGGCUUGAACAGGUAAAGUAUCAGGAGAGUAUUUAUUGCUAAACAUUGAGAUUUAUAACCAAACAUAGGGGAAAGAGGAAAAUGGGAUAUGUAAUGGAAAAUGGAAAAUAAAUGGAAUGAUAGUCAGGGAGAGAUGGGAAGAAAUAGUUGGUGCUAAAGGGACAAAUAAAGUGAAUGGGGGAAGAAGAGGGGGGCUGUAGCAUUGAAAACCAGCUAGCUGAUUGGGCCUGGCGAUCUUACAAUAUUCAUACAAGCACAUUUGCCAUUUUUCUGUACCAGCUUGUCAGUUCUUUACUGUGGCUCCAGUACGUAUCUGACAGACAUACAACAGCACCCUCAUGUGGCCAGAAUAAGUAACAAUGUGCUCUGUUGCUUUUGUAUUCUUUUCACUGACUGUUUAUGAACUGUUUGGAGCAUUUAGAUAGUUUUUCCAUUUGACUAUAGAUACAGUAUUAAUCGCCCACAUGCUUAUGGAACUGUGUUAGGAUGAGAAUCAAUAUUUUUUGCCACAAAAACAUUGAUUAGAAAAGUAUUUAUUGCUAGUUAUGUUACUU